AUCGACAGACCUCCUCCAGCCUAGCUCGUCCUUCGGGGACUUGGGGGUUUGGCAGCUCUGCCUGUGGCAUCUGCUGUAUUUGAUAAUUCUUUUUCUUUGCGACGCGCUUUUAAGGCCCUCACCGCACCCUUUGUUCGAUAUGACUCGUAUUCCUCUUUAUGAUGAACAUCUCAGUACAUCAUAUGAGUGGCGAAGCUUGUCCCGUCAAACAUACAACCUCUUUCCCUUCCUGUAUGCCGUUUUGCCCCCCUUUCAAGACAAUGGGCAUUCGAAUACUUGUAUGGCACGCCUCCCUCUUCUGCAAGAUCAAGACAAAACAUGGAAAGAAACAGACAAUCACAAUAAGAUACGCAUACCACCGACUCGCCAGUCAACGAAGCAGUUGGUCGUGUGCCUUCCUGUUGUUCGCUCUUGUGGACCGAUCCUCGCCGGACAGUUUGGAUCACAGACAUACGACCUCACUCACCAUGUCUCAUCAACCUAGAUUGUCCCUUACGGACUUUGGGGCCAGGCAGCUACUGCGGCUGCCGUACUUCGAGUUACCCAAUCCUUUGAUCUCGCAACGCGCUUUUAUAUUCAGCCCAAUGCACCCCGAUAGUACACCCGCGAGGACUUGCAAGUAUUGCUCUCCAAAACCGUGUCAAUCAAACAGACAAUUGAGUCUCAUACCAUCGACGAAGCUGCACAGACGCAGGAGAAACGCAGCUGUAUGCCACUUGUUCAAAUACGAUGACAGCUGGCGGCCAACAGGCACGCUGAAUGCGUAGUCAAACGCGAGCUUCAGAGGUUGAAUAAAUUUCGAUCGCUCAUUUUCAUUCUUCACCUUUUUUUCUUUCUCCAACACCACCACUGAAGUCCUCGCUCAAGUCUUCACUGACGUUGCGACACACAAGCACGACUACGAAAGAAUAGUCCUUAACACUCUGAUCCAUCUUCACGCUGCCGCUCAACG